AAAAAAAAGAAGAGUCUUCCCUGCAGCUGAAAUUACUGGACCAGGUACUGCAACUCCAACUCCAGCUGGAAGUUCAAAGACAAAAUUGCUUACAGUUUCAGAAGCUACAAAUGAGAUUACAUGCUGACCAAGUCAUGCUGGAACAAGUACAAUGGGAGAACCAGUGCCUGAAUCAGCAAAUUACUAGUCUCACAGCUGCGUUUAUGGCAGUGCGGAAAACGGAUGCACGAGAUCCUCUUGCCAAGAAGAAAGCACAGAAGGAGACUCAAGAGGAGCCUGUCUUCCUGGAAAGUGAAAUUGAGUUACCCAGAAAUGUGCCUGGAGAAGAAAACAGAACUGAGACAACAGCCUUCCAACUGUCCUCUGAUGUAUUAGUUACAAGCUCAAUCACUCCAUGCUCAACAGUGGAUGUGUCAACGUAUUCUUCAGACAUGUCCUUUGUGGAUUGGUCUCAUUCUGCCUCUGUCACAGGGACCAUAGAGUCAUCCAGUUCAGCACAAUCUCAUGGCCUAGCCCACACUUUGCAAAGCAGAACCAUAGCUCAGCUCAGAGAUGGUACUGAAAUACCAGACUGGGAGCCUGCUCCACCAAGAAACCUUAGCCUUCCAUUGACAGUGUCACGACAGCACCAGAAUUAUUUCAGCCCUUUGCUUAUUGACUCAGGGAAGAUUGCCCAGAGCCUCAGAUGCAUAAAGACUUAUGGAAGGACCUGUUCUGCUUAUGAGGACUACUACCAGAACUCUGCAUCCAGUGCUAUUGGAAAUGUGAAAAUUUCUGAAGUUGAUCCAGAUGGUCAUUUUAUAAAGAUCCUGAACUCUUCCCCUGAAAAAGAGGAAAACAUUGGGAAUUAUGUCUUAAAGCAGGACAUCCAAGGUCAACCAGUGGCUGAGUUUUGCUUUCCCCCUGAGACCAGGAUGGAAGCCAACUCCACUGUAACAGUUUGGGCAGCAGAUGCUAAAGUGCUUCACAGACCUCCCUCAGAUUUUCUUUGGAAUGGCCUGGAGACAUCUGGGACAAGCCUCAACUGUACUACCAUUCUCUGUGACCCCAAUGGUCAAGCUGUGUCUUGGUACUCUCCUCUCUACUGGAACGGAAAACAAGGAUGGCUGGCGAAAGAGGAAAGUGAAGACUUUGAGAACAUUGUUGUACCAACUUUCUCAACAGCAAAGCAAAAAGAAGAAUGGGAAGAGAAACAGGAAUUUACAGUAACUGAUAGAAAGUGGAAGAAGGCUGACUUAGAACAAACAAGAAAAAAAGGACAAAGCUUCAUUAAAAGGGAAAAAAAGACCUUUGCAUGCCUGUUUCCUAAUCAGAGUGCCUGGUGCCAAAGUCCAGACUCUCCCACCCAUCCUCACUUUUCUCUGGUUAGACCACUAACCCUGGGGAAUGACGGCAGCAGCUUGUGCAGGCAGUCUCGGUGUCAGUCGUCAAGGCCUGACCCUGUGCCAGGCACUCUGUAUGCAGGAAGUAGCUGGAGGAAAGAUCCUUCAGUUCCCAGCUGUGAGAGGGGGGAAUGCAGAACAAGGCCUACUUGGUCAGCAGGGCCUAAUUUUGGUGGAGUGAUAUAUGUAGAGUCUCUCCCCCUGGCUGGCACUGCUCUCCAGAAGUACUUUGUCACUCCAUCUUACAGCUAUAUGCUACGAACACGUCACUUGCUCUAGCAUCCAUCACUAAUUCCAUCAACAACAGGAAGAGAUUGUCUGAGCUUUUUAUUUUAUCUUUUAUUUUAUCGUUUAUUUAUUUAUUUUUAAAUCCUUUGCAGGAUUUAAAAUUGUGCUUCUUGUUGCUUCAAGAAAUGAGAUCUGGCUUUGUGGUGACACCAGAGAUCAUCAGCUUUAUCUGUACAGCCUGGCAUGUCCCAUAAAAUUCACUUUAAAGAUCAUUAUCAUUAGCAUUUCACAGUAAUUCCAUGUUCUUACUGAUGCAUAGUGUGCUGUGUAUAGUUUAUAAACUUCGUAUGUAUACAUGCAUGUACAUAAUGUUUAAGAGAAAACAUAUACAUAGAAAACAUGCUAUAUAGAUAAAUGUUUUUACUUUCUCUUGCCUGAAGAAGAAAUGGAUGUUGAAAAGAGUUUGCAGUGUGCUAUUUCUUAUGCAGUCAUUGUUUGCUUUCUGCUCUAGCCUUAUGAGCUACUGGCAAACCAUCAGCUGGAGUGGAAGCUGCUCAUAUAUUCAAACGGGUAGGCAGAGAGCUGGUCAGACGGGGUGUCCUGGAGGCCAGGAGGAGGCAAUGAUCAGAUUAGUUGAGUCAUAACAGCCAAACAAAGCUCUAUAUAUCAUGGCUGCCCUUCAAAGGAACUCUCCUAAUCAGAUUGGUCCCCAGGAAUGUGUUUGUCCUGUCUAGAGCUUGGCUUUCGAAGCAAUUUUUUUAGGUCCCAUUUUCCCUUUAAACCUGUGAGUGUUGAUAUCCCAAAGGCCCUUUUGAUUUUCCUCAUUAUGAGAAGGUUAUGAAAUCUGAGCCUCAAUUUCCUAAUCGUCUUCCAGACAUGGAAAGCUGCAGUUCAGCCUCAGUCCUGCUGUCAGCAAGAAAAACAGUGCCCUCCUGUUCUUUCUGCAGAUCUUCACAGAAGUUUUUUCACAGGCUUUAUUAAACUAGUCUCUAAGCUUUGAGCAUCUUUUCUGGAUUUUGAAAUUGUCCCCUUACCUGAAUGACAGCGAGCAAACACUCCACAGGAGACUACAGAGGUGUGUUUCUCCUGCCAGCCGCAGAAAUGCUUGUGCUUCUGGUGAAGGACAAAGACAGUUUUUGUGGGCUUCCAGUCUGCAUCCCUAGAGACAUAUUGUUGACCUCACUGAUUUUUACAUUCGAGUUAAUGACCCUUAUAGCAGCAACAAAGCCAAAGAAGCUCAAAGCUUUCAACUGAUGACCCCAAAAAGGUGAGGAAAAAGUCAGCUGAAGUCAUAUAGGAGGAGGCAAAAUAAUUCCCAUUUCCUGUCUCUGAAGUUAAGGGGUUUUGUUGGCCACUUGCAUUUGAAUCUUUCUGCAACAUUAACCCCUGCAGUGCUGUUCAGGUGUCCUGCUCUGAUUCUUUAAGGCAUAAUGUGGAGAAAUAAGUGUGAGUAGAAAAUACUGGAGUUUUUCCUCCAGAAUCUGCUUGUGUGGAUCACACCAAGGCACUACAUGAGCUCCCUCUUCAUUGCCAAACAUCUAUUAAUUCCAGCUCUGCAGAGACAAUGCUUCCUACAGUUAAUAUUGUAGUGCAGCAGUUUUGAGCUAAACAUCUCAUUGCUGUUUAUUUACAAAAACAAAAGUCAACAUUUUUGUCUGGAUGUUGAGAAAUGCCUUUAAAUCAUACGUCUAAUAUAUGUGCGUAGCUGAGAAAAAGAAAAGAUCUGGCAGCAGUGAACUUUUUCCCAAAACUGAGGUAGAUAUUUAAAGCACAGAUUUGGAAGACAGUCAAAGCCAAAAAGACUUCUGUUGCACUUAAUAGCGGAGAGGGAGCUGCAAAAUUCCCACUAAGACAGGGAGACAAAGAGCAUCUCUGACCACUAAAGCCAUGCCUGUUUGCUCUGUGCUCUCCUUUACACUGCAUUUGUAGCCUCACAUUUGUCAGCUUUUCUUCCCUUUUGUUUUGCUAGGCUGUUUACUGCUGCGUAGAAGUCAAUAAACACAAAUUUCAAGUA